ACUUCCAACGAAAACAGUUGAAGAAGAAGAAGGAGAAGAAAAAGGGGAAGGAGAAGCAGCAGCUGAUCGGCGAUCACAGCCCUCGGUCGGAGUCGGUAUCGUUGCUGAUUCGUCAAGGAGUCUCGCGAGGAUGGUUCUGGUGUCCGCCGCGCGGGAUUACAUCAGCCGGAUGUUGCAGGACAUCUCGGGCAUGAAGGUUCUCGUUCUCGAUUCCCAAACGGUGAGUGUUGUUAGUGUUGCAUAUUCGCAGUCAGAGCUUCUGAAGAAAGAGGUCUUCCUGGUGGAGUUUGUUGAUUCUAUUUCCAAGUCAAAAGAAUCGAUGUCACAUCUCAAAGCAAUUUAUUUUCUUCGCCCUACAUCAGAAAAUAUUCAGCAUCUGCGGCGGCAGCUUGCUAGUCCUAGGUUCGGAGAGUAUCAUCUUUUUUUCUCGAACAUAUUGAAGGAUACCCAAAUUCAUAUUUUAGCUGAUUCAGAUGAACAUGAAGUUGUUCAGCAAGUUCAGGAGUUCUACGCAGACUUUGUUGCAGUUGACCCUUACCAUUUCACACUGAAUAUUCCAUCCAAUCACAUGUACAUGCUUCCAGCAGUUGUGGAUCCCCCAAGAUUGCAGCAAUUCUGUGACCGUGUUGUUGAUGGUAUUUCCGCCCUUUUUUUGGCCUUAAAGCGGAGACCUGUAAUUCGGUAUCAGAGGACCUCUGAUGCAGCGAAAAGAAUAGCACACGAAGUUUCGAAACUGAUGUACCAGCAAGAAAGUGGGCUUUUCGACUUUAGACGCACAGAAGUUUCCCCCUUGCUUCUGAUAGUUGAUAGGAGGGAUGAUCCCGUGACUCCACUUCUGAAUCAGUGGACUUAUCAGGCAAUGGUUCACGAACUGAUAGGCAUUCAAGAUAACAAAGUUGACUUGCAAAGUUUUGGGAAGAUUCCUAAAGAUCAGCAGGAAGUUGUACUGUCAGCAGAACAAGAUGCCUUCUUCAAAGCCAACAUGUAUGAGAAUUUUGGAGAUAUAGGGAUAAAUAUUAAGUCGAUGGUCGAUGAAUUUCAGCAAUUGGCGAAAAGUAACCAAAACAUCCAGACAAUAGAGGAUAUGGCCAAGUUUGUCGACAACUAUCCUGAGUACAGGAAAAUGCAUGGCAACGUCUCGAAGCAUGUUACUUUGGUCACUGAAAUGAGCAAGAUAGUUGAAGAGCGAAAGCUCAUGUUAGUUUCUGAGACAGAACAGGAGUUGGCUUGCAAUGGUGGCCAGGUGGCAGCCUUUGAGGCAGUGACUAAUCUUCUCAACAAUGAAAAUGUAUCUGAUAUCGACCGUUUACGCUUAGUCAUGUUGUACGCCUUGCGGUAUGAGAAGGAGAGCCCUGUUCAAUUGAUGCAACUUUUCAACAAACUUGCGUCGCGAUCUCCAAAAUACAAGCCCGGGCUUGUUCAAUUUUUGCUGAAGCAAGCUGGGGUUGAUAAGCGAACUGGAGAUCUUUUUGGAAAUCGAGAUCUUCUAAACAUUGCCCGCAACAUGGCACGUGGCCUCAAGGGGGUAGAGAAUGUGUACACACAACACCAGCCUCUUUUGUUCCAGACUAUGGAAAGCAUUAUAAAGGGUCGGUUGAGAGAUGUAGACUAUCCAUUUGUUGGAAAUCACUUUCAGCAGGGCAGGCCGCAGGAGGUGAUAAUCUUUGUUGUGGGUGGGACAACUUACGAAGAGUCGAGAUCUGUUGCUCUACAAAACGCCACCAAUUCAGGAAUUCGUUUCAUCCUUGGAGGUUCAGUGCUGCUCAAUUCUAGGAGGUUUAUAAAAGAUCUAGAAGAAGCUCAGAGGAUCGCUCGCUCUAGUUCAAGUGUAAUUUGAAGAUCGAAUGCCCAUUUUGCUUCCCGAGACCGAGCGUAUAUCUUUUGUUUUUUGCAGCUUCUUGCCUUGUUGAGGUAGUUGCUGAUAUAAUUGAGUUGUACACACAAAUCAUAGAGUAGUUCAUGCACUGCGUAGCCAGACGAGAAUCGAGGGGUCAGGAUGCUCAUUAUUUGUGUGAAUUAGGUGGAGCUCCGAGAAGUUACACGUGACGCAUAAGCUGGCCAUUCCCAUUCUUUUUUGAAAGGCUGCCCUUAGCAGGGGGUAUUUUUUUCUGGGUUAUUCGAUCUCGAUGAACCUUGUUCAUGUUGUAACAGUGAUUUGCACGAAUUGGAAUUAUAUAGGUUAAUGUUUGAACGUAUAAGAUCUGGUGAAUUUUUGUCCCCAA